GUCUUUUAAGGUGAAUAAAAAACAAAGUUUUGAAAUACGUACGUGACUGAUUUACUGUUCGAGUAGCCCAUUCGGUGGACCUUUCAGUCGCCGUCGUCGUCGUACAGCCAUCAGCAACCAGGCAGAGCAAGGCAGGCUUUGAAGACGGAACGAAGUGUUUUCUGUGCUGUCGUGAGUGAGAAAAGUACCAACAAAAAUUUCAUUGCUUGCUGUGUUUUACAAAAGAAAGAAAACUGCGGUCUAGGCAAAGUGUAAAAUACUUCAAAUUGUUGAAAAAUUGAAAACCAGUGUCCGAUCUACGUGUGAGAAGCAAAAUUUGUGGCCAUUGUGUGCGUUGUGUGUGUUUUAGACGGCGAUUUCUGAAAGUUAUUGAGGUAUCUCCUCUAGGAAAAGCAUGAGAUAUAAUGCGAAUGAUUUGAAGCUCGAAGAAUCGCAAAAAUAUAUGCUAACUUACAAUAUCGGUGAUUAGUGGUGAUAUUUUGAGUAUAGAUUAUCCAAGUGAGCCAUAAUCGUGUAAGCAGAAAAAAAUCAUGAAAAGUAAGAACAAGCUGACGAAUUCUCCGGGAUCGGGAGGAGAAAAUACUGGUGCCGCCAGCUAUCUCCCGUGCACCAAUAUCAAAUCGGUCACCAAUGGGGCAGCCGCUACAAAUCCAUUGCUAGGACCUGGAACAGGUAGCGGUGGAGAAUCCGUACAGCAGCCUCACAAACCGCACAUUUCCCUGGACAAAUACGACGAGUUCCAGUUCAAAGUGCCUCCGGAAGCACCAGUGUUCGAGCCCUCCGAGGAAGAUUUCAAAAAUCCUCUUAUCUACAUCAACAAAAUACGGCCGAUAGCGGAGAAAUAUGGAAUCUGCAAAAUACGACCACCCGCUAGUUGGCAGCCACCGUUCACCGUUGAUGUCGAGAAAUUGACGUUUGUGCCUCGCGUGCAGCGUUUGAACGAGUUAGAGGCGGAAACUCGAAUAAAAUUGAACUUUCUCGACCAGAUUGCAAAGUUCUGGGAACUACAAGGUUCUUCUUUAAAGAUCCCAAUGGUCGAAAGAAAACCUCUCGAUCUGUACACACUCCACAAGGUGGUAAAUGAAGAGGGAGGCAUCGAAGUGGUAACUAAGGAGCGCAAAUGGUCAAGAGUAGCCUGUCGAAUGGGAUAUCAACAGGGCAAGAACGUUGGAACUAACUUGAAGGCUCACUACGAAAGAAUUCUCUACCCCUUCGACAUCUACCGCUCGGGCAAGAUCAUAGAUUUAGCAAAUUUGGAAACAGAGCAGGAGGACUGUGAAUACAAGCCACACUCGAUUGAAGCUCGACAACAGAUUCAACCUCCACCGGCAACAACAGCCAGACGAUCUCAACGCUUUGCUCAGAUGAACAAAUCGGCCAGUAUUGGAGCGGAAAAUGAUUUGUCCCGUUUUUCACCGGGAAAGUAUCGUAUGAAAUCCAUGCUAAACACUAGUACAAAUGGAUCGUCUAAGAACAAACCAGAUGUUCCCUACACACCGAAUCCACAUGACCCGAUGGCAAAGUAUAUUUGUCACAUGUGUAACAGGGGCGACGUUGAGGAAUCCAUGCUACUUUGUGAUGGAUGUGAUGCCUCAUAUCAUACGUUCUGUUUGCUACCACCCCUACAGGAAAUUCCUAAGGGUGAUUGGCGUUGCCCUAAGUGUAUCGUCGAAGAAAACUCUAAACCCGUUGAGGCAUUUGGUUUCGAGCAGGCACAGCGCGAGUACACUCUGCAGCAAUUCGGCGAAAUGGCAGACCAGUUCAAGUCCAACUAUUUCAAUAUGCCGGUUCAUCUGGUGCCAACCGAGCUUGUGGAGAAGGAAUUCUGGCGUAUUGUCUCUUCGAUCGAUGAAGAUGUCACCGUUGAGUAUGGAGCCGAUUUACACACCAUGGAUCAUGGUAGCGGAUUUCCUACAAAGUCGUCAUUGUAUUUGCUUCCGGAAGAUCAAGAGUAUGCCGAAUCAAGCUGGAAUUUGAACAACCUCCCAGUUUUGGACGAAUCAAUUUUGGGGCACAUCAAUGCCGACAUCAGUGGAAUGAAGGUACCGUGGAUGUACGUCGGAAUGUGUUUUGCGACGUUUUGCUGGCACAACGAAGAUCAUUGGAGCUAUUCCAUCAACUAUUUGCACUGGGGUGAACCCAAGACAUGGUACGGCGUCCCAGGGACUCGUGCCGAAGAAUUCGAAGUAGCAAUGAAAUCUGCUGCACCGGAACUAUUCCAAUCUCAACCCGAUCUCCUACAUCAACUUGUAACAAUUAUGAACCCGAAUAUACUGAUGAACGCAAACGUUCCGGUCUACAGAACAGAUCAACAUGCCGGGGAGUUUAUAGUGACGUUUCCCCGGGCCUAUCAUGCCGGAUUCAACCAAGGCUAUAAUUUUGCGGAAGCUGUCAACUUUGCCCCUGCUGAUUGGAUGAAAAUGGGCCGGGAAUGCGUCAAUCAUUAUUCGAAAUUGCGUCGAUAUUGCGUAUUCUCCCACGACGAGCUAGUCUGCAAAAUGGCACUGGAACCAGAUCGGCUGAACUUGGGAAUAGCUACCGCUUGCUACAUCGACAUGGCCGAGAUGGUUGACACCGAAAAGAAGCUGAGAAAGAAUUUACUGGAAUGGGGUGUUACAAAUGCGGAACGCGAAGCUUUCGAAUUAUUGUCGGAUGAUGCAAGACAAUGUGAAAUUUGCAAAACUACUUGCUUCCUGUCAGCUGUUACAUGCAAGUGCACCACUAAUUUGGCUUGCCUUCGUCACUUUGCUGAGCUAUGCGAAUGCCCACCGGAGAACCACACCUUAAAAUACCGUUACACGCUGGAUGAACUCCCGCUUAUGGUACAAAAGCUCAAGGUCAAAGCUGAGUCGUUCGAAAAAUGGCUGUUCAAAGUGCGAGAUGUACUCGACCCGGCAGUCAGCACCAACAUCACUCUGGAUGAACUACAAGAGAUUGCCCAAGAAGCCGAGACACAAAAGUUUCCCAACAGCGUUAUUCUGGAACGUUUGAACUUUUCCAUUCUGGAAGCUCAAAAAUGUAUUACCGUCAUUCAACAACUGGAUAUUAACAAAAUACGUACUAGAACCCGUAAUUCGGUAGAGUGCGCCAAAUAUAAGCUAACGUUGGAGGAACUGGACAUGUUUGUCAACGAAAUCAAUAACUUGCGCUGUAUUAUCCGUGAAGGAGAUAGCGUGAGAGAGCUACAGAAAAUUGGCAAGGAGUGGGUCAAACAAGUGGAAAGUGCUCUAAAGACCCGAUUUAAGGAUACUAACAUUCAGCAGCUGACACAUCUCAUCGAAGAGGGAAAUUCACUUUGCAUCGAACUGCCGCAAAUAGUGCAGCUCAAGGAUCGUCUAGCGCAGUACAAAUGGUACAAGCAGGUUCGUUUAUUGAGGGAAAAUACCAUCGAUCGUCUCUCGUUGGACGAAAUCAAAAGGCUUUUGGACGAAGGAAUGAAGAUUCUUCCUCAUACGGUUUUGGAGAAAGAAUUGGCGGAGUUACACGGUAUUAUGCUACAGAUUGUUGAUUGGGAACAGUCUGCAAGUCAAUGUUUCAAAACAGAAACGCAGCAUAAGAUCAGUGAAAUUGAAAAUCUCCUCGAUCGCGCCCAUGUGAUUGAAGACUUCUUGCCAUCGCAUAAUCAGUUACGGGAUGCUCUGCAAAAGUCAAAAGAAUGGCUCCAUGCAAUCGAAUCCUUGGAACGCAAUGAAAACUACAACUUUUUCCAUACUCUGCAAAAUAUUGCCAACCGGGCAAAGUUGUUGCCCAUGGAAGAAGAACGACAGCAGCUGUUCGAAAGCAUGGGGGCAGAUUCCGAGGGCAAGCUAUCGCUUUCAUCGUUCGGGUGUAUCGAUACAGCACUUAGCAGUGGCCUAAAAAGAAAGAAACUGGCCAAUGCGGAUGAAGUUAUCAAGAAAAUAAAGGAAGAUCCCUGCAUCACAGAAGUCGACGAGAAAAUUUUGAAGGCACAAAUACUUUGCUGGAACGACAAAGGCAAAGUUAGUGCACUAAGUAUGUCUGGAUGGUAUACGAGUAUGGAGGAAAAGUUUGGAGAAAGCAAAAUUGCUUAUCACUGUGGAAAAUGUUCCGAAAUUGCUAGAAAGAAACGAAUCAAACAGUAUCAAGAGGAGAAACGAGAAUUUCUGGGAGAGCAGUUCAAACCCGAUCUGGACAUCAAAGUGGAAACGAAGGAGACAGAGGAGGAUGAACAAGAAGUACAGGAGAGCUUUGAUGACUUCGAAGAAGUUGACAAUGAAUAUGAAGAUCAAAUAAGCGAUCCAGAUAACGAAACUGAUCAAGACAGUGAUAACAGUCAUGAUGACGAUGAAGAAGCAGCUGGUGAUGCAUUCAUCGGAGACAGCGAAGACAGUAACCUUGGUAAUGAGCACGCAAGUAGAUGUACAUCGGACGACGGCGUCAAGAAUUCCGGCAGCACGAGACUUCCCGGCAGCUCCUCAUACGGUGAAGAAGCUGUUCAUUCCAACGUUACUAGUCAACAAGCGAAAGGUCAAAAGCAGAAACUGACUGGUGGAAAUGUUGAUAAAGGCGAUCCUUCCACGACAGCUACUACGUCAACACCUGUUUUGGAUCCACGUGGAGUAAUUUUUUAGAUGGUUCCAACUUUUCGUGUAGUAAAUAGUACCUUUACCUUAAUGACAUCUUGUGUUUGCGAGCUCUUGCUUUUUUCACACGUAAGAUAUGUUUAGUCACGUAUCUGCGAAAUUCCCCUAUUAUUUUGAAUAUUUGCAAUACGUUUAAUGAUUCAUCCCUCUAUCGUUUCCAGAUACCUUCGUCGCUUCUGAACUAUUAUAGAAUUAAGUGUCUAUAUGAUUACCGCUAAGUUUCAAAAUGUCAAAUACAGAAGAUAAAUAUAAUACUGAAGUAAAGUCUCGUAUUUUCACAAAUAUAAA